AGACGAUCAUCCAUCAUACGAGGUCCAUCGGAAGCUAGCUAAAUGCGCCAGGACCGACAGCGGAGGUUCUUCAUGUCCGACAUAGGACAGCCCGUUCCUGGCCAGUUAUCUGUGGGGUGCAGUUGCGGACGAGCAUAAAGAGCGCGAUCCUUCGUAUGCUAUCCUCUGGCUCUGCUGUCCAGUCGGCUUCCAGCGAUCGUCGUCAUGUCCGCGAUACUCCGCAUCCUUGUCACUGUUUUAUUGGCCACCUUCAUCCACGCCACGCCGAUAGUACCUCAGGUACUUUUAGGACCAGAGGAACCCACAUUGUCGUGUGCGACCCGCGACUCUGCUGACUACUGCACCGGGACGAUCUCGACGUCGGAGGACGGCCAGCAUUUAUGCGGUGACCCUCGACUUGGGCCCCUGAACAUCACCGCGCUCGGGGCGCUCGUUGCCGACUACGACCCUAUGGCCGGGCUUUGCCCGCGCAAAUUCCUCGAGCAAUACGCGGAGAUCAAGAUGAAGGAUGGCAAGCCCGAGUACCGUUGGAGGUACCCGGCCAAGGAUGGCUUCCAGCUCGACCCUUGGGGCAACCCUAUCACGAGCCCGCAGGUGCUCCCGAAGGGGCUCAAGGUUGACCGUUUCGGAAGCGAGAAGGGCCGGUUCAUCUCGCCUGCGUCGACGCCGUUCACGCAGCGCGCAAUCCCACCAGACAGCCUCAAUCGCCUCAUCGGUAUCGAGGAGCAAGAGUCCGUACACGGGUACUACCAGUACGUGGUGGAGAAGAGCUUCACCGUCGUCUCCGGCCCCACUGGUGCUGCGUUCGGACAGCCGGGACAGGGUACGCAAUAUCAGUUGCCGGUCACGGUGAAGGCGUUAGUUGACGCAGGCUACUUGCGCCGCGUCCCCAUAACAUUACCGACAAGCAAAGAUCCCGUCUACUAG